UACCAAGACCCCCAGAGCCCCUCUGGGCACAAGGGCUCAGUCACACUGUUUGACUGCUAGUCAUGAGUGAAUUCUGGUUGUGCUUCAACUGCUGUAUCGCUGAGCAGCCGCAACCGAAGAGGCGGAGACGUAUCGAUAGGAGUAUGAUUGGCGAGCCAACUAAUUUUGUGCAUACGGCCCAUGUAGGCUCUGGGGAUCUCUUCAGUGGCAUGAACUCCGUGCAUUCAGUUCAGAACCAAAUGCAGUCAAAGGGGGGGUAUGGAGGUGAGGUCACACCUGUAAACAUGCAGAUGCAACUGGUGGACACAAAAGCAGGAUAAUAUAUCUCCUUGGCAGGGGUUCUGUCAUGUGGUAUUUCUGCUCACCAUUACCCUAGUAAGAUAUUGCCAUGAGAAUGUAAUGGCAAUUUUCCACCUCAUUCUUACGCAGCAAACACUUGGACAGUUGUGCAAACAGUAAAGAGGUUGUCCUACCUGUCGGACAGCAGGUACCCACAGUGCUUCAGUGUUGUCCAAUACUGCUCCAUAACACAUGCUCGCAUGUCCCUCGAAGCCUAGUAGCCUAGAAGUGCAAAGUCUGUCUCUGUGGUUUGUUUGCUGUAAACAGUUGCUCUUUCGUUGUGCAAAUACGUCUGGAAUGAGUAUGAAGAGUUAUUUUGUUUUCUUAUUUUCCAUGAAAAGACUGUUUUGUAUUUAAGUUUAAUCAUCAGAGCCGACAAAAAUGUAUGUAUAAGAAGUGGCUAGAAACAGUCAUGUGGUGCCAAACUGCUCAGUGCAAUGGAACGACAAGUAUUUUCUGUUACAGCACAGGGACAAUUAAUGCCUUUUUAAGAAUGUGUGAUGUUUACAUUGUUGCAAUUUGCUCCCUCAUGUUGUUCUGCUUUUGUGGUUUCUAUUAAUAAAAUUAAGGGGAUCUUAUUAGUAAUUUGUAGGUGUUCAUAUGUAAAGUGUGGCUUUGGUCCAAGCCUGUCCUUAAAUUUUAAGUAAAAAAUGUGACCAGUGGCAGAUUUAGGCAUGGACGAUCAUUUUUUACCGUUCAUUUGCACGAUACGCCAGUCAUUUCAUCUCACCAAUGCCGUCAGUUAAACUUAUCGUGACUCGGAGAGUGCGCCCACCUCUCAGGGUGGUGUGUUCAACUUUAUGCCGCUCUGCGCUGUCCAAUCAGCACACAUGACAUCAAAUACACAGAGAGAGCACUUCAAAACUAAACUGCUCCGUAUUCUUUCGAAUAGCUCUCGUGGUAAAAUCAUGAUGUCAUAUGCUGAUCUGUCUGCAGCGCUGCUGAAAGCUGAACACAUCUCCCAUCUCAUUCAAAAGUGUGAGGAGAGGCAAAGCUGGAGGUGAGCGGGAGAACUCCUAAAUCAACACACAAAAACAUUAUAGAUGAGAAAUAAGGCCUCCGGCUGCUCAGAUUAGUAAAAGAUAAGAGGAGAAACGUGCAGAAACUCAAAGUAGGCUAUGUAUGCAGCUAUAUCAUUCAUCUCGUUAUGAGUUUAAUUUUAUAAUAGAUAUGGAUGACACAUAGGCUUUAUUUCAGUUAUGUUCAUAUUGAACACAUUAUGUGUUAACAUAUUUUGUGUUGAUUUUUAACACAAACCAUGUUGUCCCAAAAAAACCCCACAGAGAUUUGUUCGGUUAAGGACAACACAUUAAAGGGGUCAUAUGGCACGAACACGUGUUUUUCUGUUUCUUUUGUGUGUUAUAAGUUGCCCACGGAUGUACAUGCAAAAUUGUAAAAAUGAAAGUGUCUGGACAAAAGAUGGAUCGAUUCAAUCUAAAAGUGAAUGCUCACCCAGACCUGCCUGAAACGCCUCGUGUAACCACACCCCCACAUAUCUACGUCAGUUCAUGGCAGAGGUGUAAAGAGUACCUGAAAACCAUACUUAAGUAAAAGUACAAAUACCUUGCAGUGAAACUUACUGUCACCAAUUCCAAAACGAAUUCCAAUUCCAAAACGAGUAUCUGAUUUUAACAGUACUUCAGUAUUUUAGUCAUACUGAAUGUAGGCUCAAAGCAGCACUAGUCCUCAACAAUUAAGAGACUUGUCAGUGAAAAACAAGAAACAGUCGAUUCGUGAGGAGAACAAUCGCAUUUAUUUUCUUAAAUCAUAAUAAGACUGAACACCUCAAAAUUGCAACAAAUCAUGGUCGACACCAAAACCUUCAUCUAUUACAAACACCCAAGUCUCAUUUAAGCUCAAGUGCUCAUAAGUAAGCCAACAUUCUUCAAAAAGGUCUCUUCAAUAUAACGGAUAAAUUAAAUAAUGUUAGGUAAAAUUAAAAAGUCAAAGCCAGCGAUUGUCAACUACCUGAUAAUGCACUCGUAUUCACAUAAAGAAGUAAGGGCAAAAUUCACAGGAAGUACCUUCAAUGCCCUUUAAAUGGUAAUAUUAAUUCUUCUGUAGCAAAAAUAAACUGCUGCAAAAUAAAGAUGGGUGCCAUUCAAAAUGUAAUGUAAUGUGUAAUUGCAUUAGUCAUUACAAAUGUAGUGGAGUAAAGAGUACAUAUACUUGUUCAAAAAUGUAGUCAAGUAGAGAGUAAAAGUUGCGAAUAUCUUUAAUACUCAGUACAACUACAAAGUAGCCAAAAAGAUACUUAAGUACAGUAACUAAUUACAUUUACUCCAAUACUUUACACCACUGGUUCAUGGUAUGAUUUGACUAAGACCGCCCAAAUGUAUACGCAAGUAAGGUGGACGUACCUGUCAGUACAAUUGCUUUGGAACCUGAUGUUCCAAAUAUGGUAAGAGGCGUUACAUUUCCGUCACACGCUUGCAGUAUUCGACCAAUCACUACGCACUGGUUAACUGGCCAAUAAUAGCACACCUCGCUUUUCAGAGCAUGAGCUUUGUAAAAAAAAUCUGCGCGUUUCAGAGAGGCAGGGCAAAGAGGAGAUACAAACAUGCACGGUAUGUGGAAAAUACAGUGUUUUUGAACCUUAAAUAGAGUAUACACAUUGCAUUACAUCUAAAACAAACAAUAAUAUUCGUUUUAGCCGUAUCAUAUGACUCCUUUAAUGUGCUGUCCUUAACUGAACACAAAAUGUGUUGAUUUUAACACAACUGUUUAAGUGUACCUGCAACGAAUAGUACUGUAUUUCAGUGCAGUUCAAAUCCUAUCAGAGGUGCACUAUGUCACAAGAACACUUCAGAAGUCUUACUGUCAUCAGAAUUUAAAAUUCAUGUACAGAUUUCUUAAAAUGGUGUAACUGGUAAUUUUGCAUUAAAGAGUGAAACUUUUACUGUUUAGUUUUAAAACACAAUUUAUUUUGUAUGCUUAACUAAUUAUUUAUGGGUGUUUUUCAAAAUAUCUAUGAAAGUUAAAGCAAGUGCAAAAUGCAGUUCCUCACAAAGGAAGCUAUUUUUUAACAAAACAGAUCUCAUCCCCAAUUUACUGCCAUAGUAGGGAAACUAAAUAUGGAAGUCGAUCCCCCAUACCAUAGUAUAACGGCUCCCAAGCUUCUUCUUCUGAUUAUAAAACAUGAACGCUUCAACUGAUGUCUUAACGCUUUAUUUUUCUUCCAAAGUGCCAGCAUCAUACAUCAUAGACAACGUGAAAAACUGAAAAACUAACAAAAUUACAUUUAGACAGUUGUUAUGACGAUGUUUUGUCCAUAUCAAAGCUUAUGACAAACAGACAAUUUAUUAAACCAAUAUUGAUACACAGAACAUUACAUAUAAAUUGACAACGAAACCCCAAAAUAAACAUACAAACAUAAUAAACAUACCGUGUGCAUCAUCCAAUCAGAAUAUCUCGGGAGACAUUAGUGCUUAAUUUUCAAAUAUUCCUGAUUAAAUCAGACACUUAAUCCAUGCUUUUCUCCUCGUGGUUCUAAAGUCACAAGGUCCUAACUAGUGGUGGGCGGAUCGAUCCUGAAGUAUCGAUACUUUCGAUACUGAGGUUGUAUCGAAACCCAGAUAGCACAAUCCAUCUGGUUUACGUCUAUUUGACGUCUGCAUUUACAUCUGCAAGACAUCUUAAAUACAUAGUUUGCUCAUCUGCAAUACGUCUCGGAGACGUCUGAACGUCUGUAAUACGUCUGCUAAAGAUCUGGAGAUCUGCUGCUUAAAAACAUCUGCUAAACAUCUUAGAAAGAGCUGUUGUACAUCCAUUCUAAAUCAUAAACAUCUUACACACAUCUUCUAGAUGUCUAUAUGACGUCUGACAGCAGACAUCUCCGAGACGUAUUGCAGAUG